AUGUGUGAAGAACAGGAACUCACUGUGUGUGAGGAACAGGAACUCACUGGGUGUGAGGAACAAGCACCCAUAAUAUAUGAGAACAGGAACCCAAAAUGUGUGAACAACAGGUACCCAGAGUGUGAGGAACAGGUACCCACUGUGUGUGAGGAACAAGAACUCACUGUGUGUGAGGAACAGGAACCCACUGGGUGUGAGGAACAGGUACCCACUGUGUGUGAGGAACAGGAACCCACAGUGUGUGAGGAACAGAAACCUACUGUGUGUGAGGAACAGGUACCCAUUGUGUGUGAGGAACAGGCACCCACAAUGUGUGAGAACAGGAACCCAGAGUGUGAGAAACAGGUACCCACUGGGUAUGAGGAACAGGCACCCACUGGGUGUGAGGAACAGGUACCCACUGGGUGUGAGGAACAGAAACCCACCGUGUGUGAGGAACAGGCACCCACAAUGUGUGAGGAAUAG